AUUUUACGCUAACAAGUCUGCCAUCAAAUUUACUUCAUCUAGUUUUACAAUUUCAAACUAUAGCGGCAGAAAGUGUCUCUUUUUGCAUUAAAGGUUGUAUUCCGUAUCGGCUACCCGUAUAACAUUUAUUUCCUUCUUAAUUUGAAAGAAAAGCUGCAAUUCUUUUAAUUUCCUCAAUUUUUGGAACACGAGGUCAAAAUCUAUUCAAUCUUCGUCCGGGAUUCUCGCAGUAUAUUUACCUGAUCUGAUCUGAACAAGUUCGAGCUUCGGUUCAUUUUCCCAUUCUCUUAUUUAUUAACCCGCGAGCUUUUCUUUACUUUGAUAUGACUCUUAAACAGUAAUUCUCGUCUCAAGAUCUGAAGAGGAACUUGACAGCUGGAAGAUUUGACGUUUCUGACUUCAGCGUAUGAGCUUGUGUGCGUACAUUAUUCAUAGUUUACGUAGCUGGAAGUCCUCUCCAGAAGGAAAAAUAGUCCAGUCUUCCAGAGGAUUUGUUGACUCCUUUUAUUUGACUUUAUUUGGCCAGCCUUUCAAAAAUAUAUCAAAAAUGUUCAUAAUAUUUUCCUGUGCUGCAAGUCGAUUGAGAAGCAUUUUCGUUGUUUUAUUGGCUCGAAUUCAGAUAUGUUUAUCUUCAAUUCCAACUACUGGCAGCACUUCCAUGCUGGAUAAAAACCUUGCUGAAAAUUGGAUAUCGAAAUCGGAUAUUGAAUUACCUAAAAAGAUAUACAUAUAAUUUGGAAGCUGCUAUAAAAUAAUGUCUCACAAAUCAAGCGCAGAUUUCAGUCCAAACUUUAUCCGGACUAGCUUGUCAAAUUUGGACAGCACAGACAGAAAGAGUUCUUCCGACCGAGUACCAACGAAAGACUCUAGAAGCUCUUUUUUCGAGUCGUCCGAAAGGGUCCAAGGAGACCCCAAAACAAACAACAAUGCUGCCCCAAAUCUAUUCACAAAGCAGUUUCGGAGCCAAAACAGCUUCAGAAAACUAGCUGCGUCAUCCACUUUAGGCGAUCUGAACCUUUCGCCUAAUUUUUCCUCUAGUUCGAAUCGGGCGCCUCUUAGACUUCAGGCGAGUGUGGACUGCUAUCCAGCGUCAAGAAGCCAAACGAGACCCCGAGCACCGACAAUUAGCAGUUUAGGCCGAAGUUCAUCCGUCCGAGCGAGUGCCGAGAACGACUUCAACGCCGCCAACGCCUACACUGAUUUUUACCCCCAUAAACGAAAAACGAGUUUCAAAACUCAACCCAACAGUUUCAAAACUCAAUCGCAGACAUCUUUGAGUUCUUACAGCCAAAAAGGAGCCUUACGCUACUCGAACUCGGGGGACAGAAACAGUAUCGAUUUGACGAAUCCCACUAAGCAGGUUUCGAUUUUGAAGCCGACCUUAAAACAUGCAAAUACGAUCGCAAGUCUGACUUACGAAACAGCCGAGCUGCUGGGCACUCCGAACACGAACAGAUUCUGGGAACCACAGGCGGAGAAUAGCGAACUACCUAAAAAGCCGAUGUUCGCCAGUCACAUUCGGAAGCUGAAGUCGUCAGUUCGUCACUUUAUCCAGCCGACUGAGAACAGACUGGCACUGAAGUUGUUCGGCAGCAAGAAGGCAGUGCUGAAGGAGAGGAAGAGGUGUGAGGAGGAGGCCCCCUGGAUCAUUCACCCCUACAGCACCUUCAG